GUUUUAUAUUUUCUUGCAAUCUUACUCAUAUUCACCGCCAUCGAACUGGCUAACCCAAACCAUGUCGGUAGAGUCACUAUCCAUCCCUCAAACUUUUACCCUUAAACGUGUUUCAGUUGCUGAAACUACAAGAAAAACUUCAUGGGUACCUCUCAAAUCCUUGAAAGCAGACACCUUGAGAAGCAGGGGUUUCUCAGCCAGGUCGACCUUGAACGUUGAAAAUGGUGGAUUUAGACAGUACCCACAUGGGGUUGGUGAAAAAGAUGGAGUGAUCAUCGUUGAUCAUGGGUCGCGCCGCAAAGAGUCCAAUCUCAUGCUAAAUGAGUUCGUGAAUAUUUUCAAAGAAAAAACGGGGUACCCAAUUGUAGAACCUGCUCACAUGGAGUUGGCAGAACCAUCCAUAAGAGAUGCGUUUGGUUUGUGUAUUCAACAAGGGGCAAAUCGUGUGAUUGUAAGCCCAUUCUUUCUCUUCCCUGGACGGCAUUGGCAUCAGGAUAUUCCAUCCUUAACAGCAGAUGCUGCAAAGGAGUACCCUGGUGUGUCAUAUAUCAUAACCGCACCUCUUGGCUUGCAUGAGUUACUUGUGAUGUUCAAGAAGGUUGUGGAGUUUUGCUUUCCUAAUAUCCUUAAGGUGCUUCAUUUUUACACUUGGUUUCUGCAAUAUGAUUUAUAGAUUGCAGUUGUUAUGCUUUGCCAAACUUUCAUUAAUAUUCAGCUCUAAGCGAUAUGUUCCGGUCUCAAAAUGAUUUUAUUGGAAAAUGUCAUUGACAUAUCUCUUGUCUGGAUCCUUUAAUGAAGAUAUGAAGAUGAUAUACCUAUGAAGCUAAAAUUACUCAAUAUCUUUUAUGUGCAGGAUAUUAUAAAUGAUAGGAUCAACUACUGCUUAAGCCAUGUAGCAGGAGAUGCAGAUGAAUGUUCAGUUUGUGCUGGAACAAGCAAGUGCAGACUUUAUUGACCUGUUCAGUUUGAAAAUUGAGAGGCCAUCUAGCAAAUGGGCUGCACAUGCAAACUUAUGCAUGGUGUAACCUGUUUAACUUCUCCAAUUCUUGUCUUUGUAUUUAUUUGUUUUUCUGUACAAUGCUGUGCGUGUACUGUGUAGCCAUUGAACUUCUGCUAAGGUUUGGACAAGCAUGAUAUGUAAAAUCUCUUUAUUAUACAGUUUUCAAUAUACUAUCCAUGUUCUG